AUGCAGAACCUCGCGCUGCCGGUGCGCACGAGCGCCAGUCGGCGCAACCAGGAGAGCAGGAGUUACUUUACGAGCUACACGCCGCCGAGCUCUACGGAGGCUAUCAAUGGGCCGGUGAGGGAGCCGGUGAGGGAGCAGCCGCCGAUGACUGAUCGGUUGAUUGUGGGGGUGGAUUUUGGCACGACGUUUUCAGGCGUCGCCGCAGUAUACACAUCAACGCCCGACGACGUCGAAAUCAUCAAGACGUGGCCAGGCGGCAACGGCAUCACCUCAGACAAGGUGCCCACCGAGAUUACAUACAGCUUCCCUCCCGAUGCCUCGCCCGGCGCUGAGCCCACGGUAAAAUGGGGGUUCCAGUUCAAGCCAGACGAGUCAAGGCUCCGGUGUAUCAAGCUGUUUCUUGAUCGCGCCCAGAAGCUCCCCUUUUACGUCAGCCCUCUCGACACGGCGGCACAGCUCAAGAAGUUUAACAAGAAUGUUGUCGAUGCCGUCAGCGACUACCUCACCCAGAUCUACCGGCACACCAUGGACACCCUGACGCGGCGCUACGGAGAAUCCUUCAUGGCCUCGACAAAGGUCGAGUUCGUCCUGACGUGCCCGGCGGUUUGGAGCGAUACGGCAAAGAAUACGACGCUGCAGGCGGCUGAGCGGGCGGGCAUGGGCAGCCGCUCCGAGAUUCAGAUGAUUAGCGAGCCUGAAGCGGCGGCUGUAUACACGCUCAAGGCGAUUCAGCCCAAUCACUUGAACAUUGGGGACAACUUUAUCGUGUGUGACGCAGGAGGCGGCACAGUGGACCUAAUUGCCUACAAAAUCAUAUCCCUAAAACCCCUGAGAGUCGAAGAGUCUGCCGUGGGAACGGGUGGGCUGUGUGGAAGUGCCUUUUUAAACUACAGGUUCGAGGAGCAUGUUCGGACAAGAUUGGGCCAGGCCCGCUUCGACGAGAUGAAGUCGAAAAAGGGCAAGACGUGGCAGAUGGGCUUGCGGUACUUUGAAGAGUUUGUCAAGCGCAAUUUUAACGAGGACGAACAUCAGGAGAUUAAUGUUCCGUUUCCCGGACUCCCAGAUGACGAGGAGGCAGGGCUGGACUCGGGAUUCAUGGUCAUGAGCGCAGAGCAGAUCAAGGACAUCUUUGAGCCCGUCGUCAAGGAAGUCUGCGAUUUGGUCCAAGGCCAGGUCGAAGGACUCCGUGCCAAGGGCGGCAUCGUCUCAGGCAUCGUGCUGGUCGGGGGAUUCGGCCAGAGCGACUAUCUAUACCGGCGUCUCAAGUCGCACUUUUCGAGCGCCGCCCCGCCUCCGUACAGCGAGAGACCGACGCAUGCGAACGCGAGUGUGUCGCAGGACGGCGGAUCGAUCGAGGUGAUGCAGCCGGUUUAUGCGUGGACGGCGGUGGUGCGCGGGGCGGUGCUUCGGGGGCUGGAGGGCAACAUGGUGAUUUCGAGAAAGUCGAGGAUGCACUACGGGACGUCGUUUGCGACGGUGUAUGACGAGGAGAAGCACUCUGUCAGUGAACGGUACUGGUCGCCGCUGUGGGAGCGGUGGAUGGUGUCUGAUCGGAUGCAGUGGCACAUUGCCAAGGGCGAGGCGCUUUCUCCUCUGUCACCCAUUGCCUUCCACUACACCCGCAACUUCCGGCCGGGCCAGUCGCUCAUCGUGACGGACGACCUGAUUGCGUGCGACGCGGACGAGCCGCCGGCGGCGCACACGCGCGACCUGAUCAACGUGUGCACGCUGACGACGGAUCUGAAUGCCGUGCCAAGGAGCCUGUUUACGCGGUUGACGACGACCAGGGGGGUGGAAUUCGACAACCUCGACUUUACGCUGGAGAUGAUUGUGGACAGUGCGGGGUUGGGCUUUGAGCUCAAGGUUGACGGGGUGCGGUAUGGGCGGGUGGAAGCCGAGUUUCACUGA